AUGGCUAAUAAACUUUACCACAUUCGAUCAAUUAGUUUGCCUUGCAGAUCACAUCCCACUACUCUCAGAAUCGACGAGGAGCUGAACAAGCUCAAGACAUGGGAGGAGGCAUCAUCUACGCCAACGGCAGAGACAAUUUGCAAUGGUCUAUCCAGGCUGCAAGAGUUGUACAAAUGCCUGGAUGAUCUUCACAACUUGCCGGUGACACAACAAGCCCUCUCUCACCAUCAACACGAGAAAUGGACAAACGAGUUGUUGGAUAAAUCUUUGGUGCUUUUAGACAUCUGUGGUGUUACAAGGGAUGUCCUGUCACAAAUGAGGGAACAUGUUAUAGAUGUUCAAUCCGCUAUGCGUAGAAGAAAAGGAGAUUUGAGCAGCAUAGCCAAAUACACUAGCUUUAGGAAGAAGAUGAAGGAGGAUGCCAAAAAGAUGAUUGAAUCAUUGAAGCAAAUGGACAACAAAAUUGAAGCCUCCUCACCCUCACUACUAUUGGAAUCUGAUCAUCAUAUGUCUUCAUUGAUCAGAGUGCUACGAGAGGUUAAUACAAUGAGCAUUUCUGUGUUUCACACACUUCUAUUGUUCUUGUGUGUACCAAUUUCAAAGCCAAUGCCAAUAACAACAAGGUGGUCAUUGGUUUCAAAAUUGUUGCACAAAGGGACAGUAGGAUGUAAAGAGCAACAAGAGAAUGUGAACGAGUUGGGAAGCGUAGAUAUGGCGCUGCACAUCCGACGCCAAUGUGGUUCGAAUGAAGAAGAUAAGAUGCAAAGACUGGGGGCCUUGGAGGGCAGCAUUGAAGUGAUUGAGAAUGGUUCAGAGUGCAUGUUUAGGAGAUUGAUGAAGUCAAGGGCAUCUCUCUUAAACAUGGUCUCACUAUAA